AUGACAUUCGGGAACAUGAAAGUCGGCAUCCUCGUGGCCAAUGAGGUGGUCACAUUGUGUGACAGAGAUGUGAACAUCAAUGCUGUGGAAGUGCGCGAGAAGAUCAUGGAGUAUCGUGCAGAGCUGGUGGGCUGGGCAUAUCCUCAGCAGCAGAAGAAUUAUGAAUUGUUUUGGUCUACGCAGGACAGCUCAGAGGUGAGUCUCUUCGGCAAGGUGCCCAAUCCUGUGGAUCUCGAGGUCCUGAUGCUGAUCAAGGUUUACCGCUUCGGUGAGCUUUUUGCUGGGGCAGCGAAUGUCACUACUGCUGUGAAGCUCCAUGGCAUUCCUGCUUUCAAGAUGGACAAAAUCUAUUACGGGGGUUUCGAUUUCUUGGCACCGGCUGGAUUCUCGUUCCUGGGCUGCUUUUAA